AUGUCUCAAGAACUCCUCAACGACGCAGCCAUCGUGCUUCAUCGCAUUCUCAUCAACGAAAACGUCAAGUAUGGUAUCUUUGGUGGUUAUGCCAUUAGUGCAUUCGGAGGCCACCGCGUGACUAAGGAUAUCGACGUUCUGGCCUCAGCCACCAAAGAUGAGAUCACCAAGUUACUCGGUGAGGAUGACGGUUUCGAGGCCCUUGCCCAAAGCCGAGACGAUUACGUCGCUUUCCUCUGGGCCGAAAAAGCUGCUCCCAAAUUUCAAGUAUUGAUUGAGGUUUUCUGUGAGAAGUUCACAGGCUCUGAGCAUACGAUGGAUGAUGUCUCGUUUACCACCAUCCCCAUUAAAGGCCUUUAUCACGGCCCCGGAAUCGCCUCCUUCCUCGACCCCAUCUAUCUGUUCAAGGGCAAGCUCCACGCAGCCGCCACCCGACGCAAAGCCCACGACGCAGCCGACAUGCGAGCCCUCGUGAGCAGAUACGAAGAAGAUAUUGCGGAUUACGUCGACGAUUUGAACAUCAAGUACAUCGGACUUGCCAUUAAGAGACACGCCGAGCUAGCAUUUCUGUUCCGUGGCCUCGAUGUUGACAUUGACGAAGCUGAGCAAGCGAUCAAGAACGUCAAUCUGAACGAUAUCCAACAGCCGAUAGCUGUCGGAUCCGUGCAGUCUGGUAUACUAGCGUCGACCAUCAAGUAUACCACCUCGGCCGCUGUCGAAAAGGAAUAG